UCUUAUGGGUGAUCUUCUAUUCCUUCAGGUUCCAUCUAGCGUGUGCGUGUGCACACGUUUGUGGACCAUGAAGCACCAGUCCAUCUCCCGAUGGCUGAGUCAGCUGGGACUGCCGCAAUACUGCACUGCGCUGGAACGAGAAUAUGAUGGCGUUGAGGACCUGCUGUACCUCACAGAAUGCGACCUCCUGGACAUUGGUGUUUACAAUCACCUCCAUCGUUUGCACCUCCUCACCUCCUUACGCCUCCUCCAGGAGGGAGAGAGGCGGAAAGAGUGGAGGAUGAUGGCCGAGGGGCGUUUUGCCAGCCUGCCCAGGUCGCUCCAUGCACAUCACACGCUAGGAGGCACGUCGCAUAUCCACGUCCCUGCGCUCGGUGCUCCCGCUGGGAGUCGCUGCCCCUCAAGAAAGCUGCAAGCCUCCAUUACCUCCUCGAUGGACCUUCUCAGCUCAAGACCAAGUCUCGCUCCGGGAUGUCAUGGAUCGGAGUUCCCCGCAGCUUCUUACCAGCACAUUUCCAUUCAUGGAACUCUGCCUCGACGUAAGAAGGGAGGCUCCACCAACACCUGGGACCCCAGAGACCAUCACACUCAGUCAGUGCUUAGCGGGAGCCCAACACGGGUCCCUCAGCCCAUGAGUAUUAGCGACGACUUCCACAGUUACGGGGAGCGGACAGCCGCCGCUUUGGACGCCGCCGUGGACUACGUCAAGUUUUCCCAGGAUCAAUUUAUCCUGGAUGGUCCAUCGGAGAAGCUUCGCAGAGAGUUGGAGGAAGAAUUGAAGAUGAAUUGCGAAGAGCCCAGAAGCCAUGCUUGGUACCACGGAGCGAUACCCCGACAGGUUGCUGAAAACUUUGUCCAGCGAGAUGGAGAUUUCCUGAUUCGGGAUUCGCUGUCCAGUCCCGGAAGUUAUGUUCUAACUUGUCAAUGGCGAAAUACAGCCCAACAUUUUAAAAUCAAUAAAAAGGUUGUGAUGCUGAACGAAGCCUAUUCCAGAGUUGAGUACCGUGUGGAGCGAGAGGGUUUUGACAGUGUUCCCGCUCUAAUAAGAUAUUACGUGGGCAACCGCAAACCCGUCUCCCAGGUGGUGGGCGCCAUUAUCUUCCAGCCCAUCAACCGCACGCUGCCGUUGCGCUGCCUGGAGCACAAGUACGGAUUGUCCGGUAACCCUCGAGAGGCGGGGCUGAUCGAAGAGGAGCGGCGGCGUCAGAAGCGCCUCAGCCUCAACAUCACCAACGGACACUUACAAGACAACACACACGGCGGUCACGAUGGCGCACACUACCACAAUAACGGCAUGGCCCGAGGAAGCCAGCUCAGGUUGAAGGGUCGUUGCGGCAGCCAACCAGCAAGCCUCAAUCAACUCCCGGAGAAGCGGCGGCCGCUCAAAGCGCACCAAUCCGAGAGCUUUCUGCCACUCGGAUCCAAACCCCUGAACCAGCAGCACUCGGACACCAAUCUCCACAGCCCAAAUACCAAGUCUCCCGUGUUCCGAACUGGCAGCGAACCGUUGCUCAGCCCGUCAGUCCCGCGGAGGUUGGCGGAGCCACUGGCAGGUCAGCCGAUCCGGGGCUCUGACAGCCAGCUGUGUCCGAAACCUCCACCCAAACCCAGCAAGGUUCCGUUGGCACGACUUCCUCGUUUCCCAGGUCUGCCCCCCAACACCACAGAGCCCCCCUGCCCCAGCCUCUCUUUACCCACUCUGGACUUGCCGUGUGGGGAACCCCCUCUUUGUUCGUGGAGGACCGGAGGUCCUCCUACACCUCCGGUGAAGUCUUUCCACGCGGACCUGCAAAGCUCUUCCAGCUGUGCACUCGCACAGAUUCAGUAUCCCGACUCUGAGGCGAUACCAGGACGAAGUGAAUGCCUGGCACAGACUCCCACAGACCUCGGGUCCUGCAGCCCGCUGGAAUGGAAUGAACCCGACUUGAUUCCAGGCAACGCCCAUGAACUCGAGCAGCUGCCGUGCAGCUAUGUUGAGAGAUUGAGGCAAGAGGGCGAGGCGGCGGAUGCGACGGGAGGGCAGAGAGGGCUGGACCGAAGCUCCUACCAUCACGCCAUCGAAGCUUUAGAAAACACCAGUGAGGACGAAGAGGAGGACGCGGGGAGGGAGGAGCGGGAGGACGAAACCAGAAACGUGUUCCUAAGGCCGCUGGUGGAGACGGAGUCGGCGUUCCGACCGACGGAGUUCCACUCUCGCCUUCUGCCGGCCGAAAACAAACCCCUGGAGAUGUCGGUUUUGAAGCGAGCCAAAGAGCUGCUUCUGAGCCACAACCACCACAGCAUCGCCAGGCACCUGCUCGUGGCCGACUGCCAGGUGGCGAGGAUACUCGGUGUGUCGUCUGAGCAGAGAGGUCGGAUGGGGGUCGAUUCGGGCCUAGAGCUGAUCACCUUGCCGCACGGACGACAGCUGAGACUGGACCUGAUGGAACGACAUCACACCAUGGCAAUCGGCGUGGCUGUGGAUAUUCUCGGGUGUACGGGCAGCAUGGAGGAGCGAGCGUGCACUUUGAAUCGCAUCAUUCUGGUGGCACUGGAGCUGAAGGACACUGUCGGUGACCUCUUUGCGUUCACCGCUCUGAUGAAAGCUCUGGAACUGCCACAGAUCAGUCGUCUGGAGGGCACAUGGACGACUUUGCGGAGGAACUACACGCAGACUGCCAUCAGCUAUGAGAAAACUCUCAAACCUUUCUACAAAAAUCUCUACGAGGGAACGGCCUCGCGUCCUGCCGUGGUGUGCGUUCCCCUCCUGUUGCCCCUUCUCACUUUGAUGGAGCGUCCGUCCGUCUCACCGGAAGGGGCGGAGCUCUGGGAGACCAGCGACCAGGGCUGUGACAUCAUGCUGCGGCACCUCGAGGCGGCACGCGAGGUCGCGCACGAUGCUCGGAGCUACACCGAGAACGCACAGAGAAUCAUGCAUGGGUUCCAGUGUGACGAGGACUUGCUGGAGGUGUUCAAGACGGACUUUCAGCUGCGGCUACUGUGGGGGAGCCGCGGCGCUUCGGUCAACCAAUCGGAUCGCUACAGCAAAUUCAACCUGAUCCUCACGGCACUGUCAAGGAAGUUGGAGCCCCUACCCAAAACGCACACUUUAAUUUGACUCAUGAUUGGCAGCAACAUACGAAAAUGUGCCGUGUAACCUCAUUGCGAAAGAAACAUCAAGUCAUGCCAAGCGAUCACAUUCAUAAGCAAUAACGGGUUCAAUCGAAGGCGAUACAAAAGCAACUGUAAAUACAAAUACAACACCACUCUUGUGAUGCAAUGAUAGUGUUACCAUGAGAUGGUAUUUUUAGUCAGGCUGAUACGAUGGUCAUCAUGCGUUCAGAAUGUCAUCUAUGAUGCGUCACAAAAUGUACUUUCAUUCCCUCAAAAGAUAUGUCGGAAGCAGCCGGAUUAAGAAACGCUUUAACUUGAGCAGCACUUGUGUAUUGUAUACAUACAAUGACGCUCCUGUGUGUUCCCAGACAAGAGCUGGAGUGUGGCGGCGCCCGAAGGAAGGGCGGUAUGUUGCAAAAAUCGGGGGACAAAACUUGCACUUUCUGAGAGAGCAGACGUCUGUGUAUCAUGUCGAUAAAAGUAACUGUCAUUCCACAAGACUAAUGCGGAGUUGAAGUUCUUGAUUUCAGUCUCUUUACACAAAGCCAGCUAAAACGAAAUCGCCCCGAUACUAAAAAGGUCCGAAGUGACUCAUUGGGGCCGCUUAUUAUGUUAAAUCACGUAAAUAGUUUGAUUCCAUUUCAUAUUUAAAACAGAGGACGGGUGUGUGUGUAAAUGUGACGAUACACACAAUUAUUGUAUGUGAAGGUGUCACGAAAGUUGAACUGUAAAUAUUGUGAAGCAUUGACCCCUUUUGUUUUGUAUAUAAUUAAGAAAGAAGAAAAUGUGUCAAGGAAUUUGAAUGUUUAUAUUCUGAACUACUACUGUGGUAAGUUUUAAUAAAUAUGGUACAUGUCCUGUGGA